AUGUCGGGUGAGACACAUUCCGCGACGGAGGAAAACAAGGUCCGGUACCGAAGGACGCAGAGUGUGACGCGAGCCGAGGAAAUCACCAAAAAGGAGUCGGAACAGCGCAAACAGCAACCGGACAAACCAUGCCACCGACCGCGGGAUUCGCUGUUCUCGUGGAGUUCCGGCUUCGACAACUUCACCGGUCUAGUCAAUUGGGGCUUUCUGCUGCUCACGAUGGGAGGCAUCCGGCUGGUGCUCGAGAACUUUAUCAAAUACGGCAUUCGCGUCGAUCCGGUGCAGUGGUUUACCGUGCUCACCGGCAAAGGUGAAGGCGAAGGCUAUCCGUCCGUGAUGCUGGUCAGUUACGCCCUGGUGCCGGUCAUGAUCUGCCUGAUGAUGGAACGAGCCCUGGCAAGUGACAUCAUUCCCGAAAGUGCCGGUAUGGGUGUGCACAUCAUCAACAUCAUCGUGCUGGUGCUGAUCCCGAUGGUUGUGAUACACGUGAAGGGACACAUAUUUAGCUUAGUGGGAGCUAUGACGGUAUGCUUCGUCUAUUGCAUACUGUUCCUGAAGCUCUGGAGCUACGUUCAGGUGAACCAGUGGUGCCGUGUGGAGAAGAAACAAAACCGACACAGUCGUUCCGGUCGACGACAAAGCAUAACGAUCGCGCAGUUGCAGAACGGACGCGAUCAGGAACACGAAAGGAACGGCAAUGGCAGCGCGACCGGUUACUGCAACGACAAGGACAAGGUACCGGCCCUGGUACACUACCCGGACAAUCUGCACCCGGUCGAUCUGUUCUACUUCCUGCUCGCACCGACGCUCUGUUACGAGCUGAACUUCCCCAAAACGAACCGCAUCCGGAAGCGGUUCCUCAUCAAGCGCAUGCUGGAGGUGAUCAUUGGGGUGCACAUUGUGAUGGGGCUGUUCCAGCAAUGGAUGAUCCCGUCGGUGCGUAACUCGCUUGUUCCGUUUUCGAACAUGGAUCUCACCAAAACCGCCGAACGAUUGCUGAAACUUGCCAUUCCAAACCACCUGAUGUGGCUGUGCUUUUUCUACCUGACGUUCCAUUCGUUCCUGAAUUUGAUGGGCGAACUGUUGCACUUUGCUGAUCGUAACUUCUACAGCGAUUGGUGGAAUGCGAACAACAUCGACACGUUCUGGCGCACUUGGAACAUGCCCGUCCACAAAUGGUGCGUUCGUCAUCUCUACAUCCCGGUGGUGGAGUUGGGCUAUUCGAAGAUCAGCGCCUCGGUGAUCGUGUUCUUUUUCAGUGCCUUCUUUCACGAGUACCUGGUGAGCGUGCCACUGAAAACGUUCAAGGUGUGGGCCUUCACUGGGAUGAUGGCGCAGAUACCGCUGUCCUUUGUCGCUAAGUACAUGGAAAGUAACUACGGACCUCGCUGGGGGAACAUGCUCGUGUGGGCCUCAAUUAUCCUGGGCCAACCGCUGGCGAUCAUGAUGUACUAUCACGACUAUGUCAUCACGAACUACAACGACGUGCUGGUGUAGGGAGAGAAUCCCGUCCAUUUGAAGCGGCCAUUCCAGGACACAUCACUCAUGCUUCAUUCACAGCUCCAUCGUCACCGAGGAGGACACAUCACACUACCUUGUGAGGGAUCAUCAUUGUUGCGCGUUCAAUGAUGCCUAUACUUAUUGCUCGACAAGAAUGCAUUUCGUUGAAUACUGUACAUCUUUUUGAUAAAGUGUUUUUUGUAGUUGUUUAUCGUCACGUUUUCCCAUCAUUUGUGCCUUUUUUAUAAUAAAAAAGU